AAUUAAAUGGCACAACCCAGCACAACCCAAACAAUAAAUUAAGAUUCAUAAUUAUUGAGAUCUUUUAUGUUCCCAAUCAGUUUAUAUCUCUUGAUUGUUCAAAGUCCAAAGUAAAAUUUCCCUAUGUGCAGGUCAAGGUUUUUGGUAGCAAAUUUAGUUUGAAUUAUUUAGAAAAACCAUGGCAAGGAGAUUGGGCAUAUUAAUUUUUGGUGCUACUGGCUACACCGGUAAGGUGGUGGUUGAAAAGAUUUUGACCUUGUCCAACAAGGUUGAGAACCUUUCAUGGGGCGUUGCUGGUCGGAAUGAAAACAAGCUGAAGGAACUUCUGGCUGAAGUUUCUAAAAAGACUGGCCAAAGUUUGAAAGACGUAGAGGUUGUUGUGGCAAAUGUGGGUGAUGAGGUCUCUCUGAAGAACAUGACCAAGAAGUGCAAGGUGCUGAUUAAUUGUGUUGGGCCGUACAGACAUUGGGGUGAGCAAACUGUCAAGGCCUGUAUUGAAACUGGAACUCAUCACGUUGACGUCAGUGGCGAACCAGAGUACAUGGAGCGGAUGCAGCUUUUGUAUCACAAAGCGGCUGAAGAAAAGGGAGUCUACGUCAUAAGUGCCUGCGGUUUUGACAGUCUUCCAGCUGAAAUUGGCUGUUUGCAUUUUAUGCAGCAAUUCGAUGGAGACGUCAAUUCGGUGGAAACUUUUCUGCAGAUGAAAAACAAAAAGCAGAAAGGUCCUGCCAUCAAUUAUGCAACCUGGGAGUGCAUGGUGCACGGCCUGGCCAAUGCCAAGGACCUGAGGCCCAUUCGGAAGCAGCUGUUCCCAGAACGACUGCCCCCGAUGACCCCAAAACUGAAGCCCAGAGGCUCCGUCUUCAACAACCCAGUUGGCAAGGGCUGGUGCAUGCCCUUCCUAGGCUCUGACCAGUCCGUGAUGCGUCGAUCGCAGUACUUUUUCCAUGACAAGAAAGGCCAACGACCUGUACAGGUUCAGUGCUACUUCUCGGUAACUGCGCUUUCCACUGUCAUCACUUUCAUCAUUGUCGGAGCAAUGUUCAACCUGCUGACCAAAUACAAGUGGGGCCAGAAGCUCUUGCUCAAACAUCCAAAAAUCUUCAGUUUUGGUUUUGUCGGCUCCAGUGACGAAGGGCCAGAUGAAGAAAGUCGCAAGAGGACGGAGUUUAACAUGACUUUUAUUGGAGAUGGCUGGUCUGAGAAGAGGACUGCUGGACAGCAACACACUUCUCUACCUGACACAAAAGUUGUCACCAAGAUUUCAGGCGUGGAUCCUGCUUAUGGAGUGGCAGCCAUUGGUGCUUUGCUCUGUGCGAAUACCAUAUUGAGCGAAGCUGAUAAAAUGCCUUCUAGAGGUGGUGUUUAUCCACCUGGGGCCGCUUUCUUUGACACGUCUUUAAUGGCACAGCUCGAAGCCAAUGGUGUAAAAUUUGAGGUUGUUGAGAAGAGAAAGGUUUCUAACAAUAAACUUUAAAUAUCACAAAAUCAUAAAUUAUUAAUAAUUGCAUCA